GGCCCACCACCACCGCCGAGAUCGAGAUCGAGGCGCUUCCCACCGCUGUUCCGGAAAAUGCCUCUGCUGCCGCCGCUUUCUCAGCAACCGCGCCUACAGCUCCGCCUGCAUCUCCGCCGCGCCCAGCUAUUCCCCGCGCCAUCGUCCUCCCCGAGUAUGGUCGCCUCACCCAGUCACCCAGGGCCACUCCUGCGUCAUUGAGGGAAAGGGAACACACAGAUGACUACAUGUCCUAUAACCCGUCGUACGGCGUAGCAGAGCGCUUCCGCGACAGCAUUAAUAUAGCCGACGGCCAGUCGCCGCGGGACAGCGCGAGCAGUGCUGGGGGCAGAUUACGAGCCAACACCGGCUGCAGCGCGCAGGGCGAGAGCGGUAAUGGUACAAACAUGGCGCACAUGUCUGACACCUUACCGGAGGACGACGGGAUGAGGGUGCUGCGGCAGAAGAUCCACGCGAUAAGGGAUAUGGAGGCGAGCAGCGAGGAGAAGGCGAGACGGAUGCAUCUGCUUAUGAUGGAGCGGUACCAGGCCUCCCACGCUUAUCUGCUGAGGGCGCAGAGCCCGUCGAGUAUCACGUUAAGCGAGAGGCCGCAUACGCCGGCUUCGACCAGCUCGAUGCUUGAGGGGAAUGCUGGAUAG